UGCGGGCGCUGGCGGCCUGGGCUGAGCCGAGAGCGGAGACACAGGCUCAAGAUGGCAGAUUCCCACUGAGGCUGAGGGGGCCGAGCUCGCGCGCCGCGUUCCCUUCUCCGUUGCCAUGAACCGCGGACACCCCGGCCCCGAUGGCCCCCGUGUACGAAGGUAUGGCCUCACAUGUGCAAGUUUUCUCCCCUCACACCCUUCAAUCAAGUGCCUUCUGUAGUGUGAAGAAACUGAAAGUAGAGCCAAGUUCCAACUGGGACAUGACUGGGUACGGCUCCCAUAGCAAAGCGUACAGCCAGAGCAAGAACAUACCACCUUCUCAGCCAGCCUCCACAACCGUCAGCACCUCCUUGCCAAUCCCAAACCCAAGCCUACCUUACGAGCAGACCAUCAUCUUCCCAGGAAGUACUGGACACAUAGUUGUAACAUCAGCAAGUAGCACUUCUGUCACCGGGCAAGUCCUCGGCGGACCACAUAACCUAAUGCGUCGAAGCACUGUGAGCCUCCUUGACACCUACCAAAAAUGUGGACUCAAGCGAAAGAGUGAGGAGAUUGAGAACACAAGCAGCGUGCAGAUCAUUGAAGAGCAUCCACCCAUGAUUCAGAAUAAUGCCAGCGGGGCCACUGUAGCUACUGCCACCACAUCCACUGCCACCUCCAAAAACAGUGGCUCCAACAGCGAAGGCGACUAUCAGCUGGUACAGCAUGAAGUGCUGUGUUCCAUGACCAACACCUAUGAGGUUUUAGAGUUUUUGGGCAGAGGAACAUUUGGGCAAGUGGUCAAGUGCUGGAAACGGGGCACCAAUGAAAUUGUGGCCAUUAAGAUCUUAAAGAACCACCCUUCCUAUGCCCGGCAAGGUCAGAUUGAAGUGAGCAUCCUAGCCCGGCUGAGCACAGAGAGCGCGGAUGACUACAACUUUGUGCGGGCCUAUGAGUGCUUCCAACACAAGAAUCACACCUGCUUAGUCUUUGAGAUGUUGGAACAGAACCUCUAUGACUUUCUGAAACAGAACAAGUUUAGCCCCUUGCCCCUCAAGUACAUUCGCCCAGUCCUCCAGCAGGUAGCUACAGCCCUGAUGAAACUCAAAAGCCUGGGUCUUAUCCAUGCUGACCUCAAACCAGAAAACAUCAUGCUGGUAGAUCCAUCUAGACAGCCAUACCGAGUGAAGGUCAUUGACUUUGGUUCAGCAAGUCACGUCUCCAAAGCCGUCUGCUCUACCUACUUGCAAUCCAGAUACUACAGGGCCCCUGAGAUCAUCCUUGGUUUGCCAUUCUGUGAGGCUAUUGACAUGUGGUCCCUUGGUUGUGUCAUUGCUGAGCUGUUCCUGGGCUGGCCGUUAUAUCCAGGAGCUUCCGAAUAUGAUCAGAUUCGGUAUAUUUCACAAACACAGGGUUUGCCAGCGGAAUAUUUAUUAAGUGCAGGGACAAAGACAACUAGGUUUUUCAACCGUGACACCGACUCUCCAUAUCCUUUAUGGAGGCUAAAGACACCAGAUGACCAUGAAGCUGAGACGGGGAUUAAGUCAAAAGAAGCAAGAAAGUACAUUUUUAACUGUUUGGAUGAUAUGGCCCAGGUGAACAUGACAACAGAUUUGGAAGGGAGUGACAUGUUGGUAGAGAAGGCAGACCGACGGGAAUUCAUUGACCUAUUAAAGAAGAUGCUGACCAUAGAUGCUGAUAAGAGGAUCACUCCCAUCGAAACUCUGAACCACCCCUUUGUCACAAUGACACACCUGCUCGACUUUCCCCAUAGUACACAUGUCAAAUCUUGUUUCCAAAACAUGGAGAUUUGCAAGCGCCGGGUGAAUAUGUAUGACACAGUGAACCAGAGCAAAACACCAUUCAUCACGCACGUGGCCCCCAGCACAUCCACCAACUUGACUAUGACCUUUAACAACCAGCUGACCACUGUCCACAACCAGGCUCCCACCUCCACCAGUGCCACUCUUUCCUUAGCCAAUCCCGAAGUCUCCAUACUAAACUACCAAUCUACACUCUACCAGCCCUCAGCGGCAUCCAUGGCCGCAGUGGCCCAGCGGAGCAUGCCCCUGCAGACGGGAACAGCCCAGAUUUGUGCCCGGCCAGACCCCUUCCAGCAAGCUCUCAUCGUGUGUCCCCCUGGCUUCCAAGGCCUGCAGGCCUCUCCCUCCAAGCAUGCCGGCUACUCAGUGCGGAUGGAAAAUGCUGUUCCCAUCGUCACUCAAGCUCCAGGAGCUCAGCCUCUUCAGAUUCAACCAGGUCUGCUUGCUCAGCAGGCCUGGCCAGGUGGGGCCCAACAGAUCCUGCUUCCUCCAGCCUGGCAGCAGCUGACUGGCGUGGCCACCCACACGUCCGUGCAGCAUGCAGCUGUGAUUCCUGAGACCAUGGCAGGCACUCAGCCACUGGCCGACUGGAGGAAUACACAUGCUCAUGGAAGCCAUUACAAUCCCAUCAUGCAGCAACCUACACUCUUGACUGGACAUGUGACCCUUCCAGCAGCCCAGCCCUUAAAUGUGGGUGUAGCUCAUGUGAUGAGGCAACAACCAACCAGCACCACCUCCUCCAGGAAGAGUAAGCAGCACCAGUCAUCCGUGAGAAAUGUCUCCACCUGUGAGGUGACCUCUUCACAAGCUACCAGCUCCCCUCAGCGAUCCAAGCGUGUCAAGGAGAACACUCCCCCACGGUGUGCCAUGGUGCACAACAGCCCAGCCUGCAGCACCUCAGUCACCUGUGGGUGGGGUGAUGUGGCCUCCAGCACCACAAGGGAGCGACAGCGACAGACGAUUGUCAUCCCUGACACCCCCAGCCCCACCGUCAGUGUCAUCACCAUCAGCAGCGACACAGAUGAGGAGGAAGAGCAGAAACACGCCCCCACCAGCACGGUCUCCAAGCAGAGGAAAAAUGUCAUCAGCUGUGUCACAGUCCAUGAUUCUCCCUACUCUGACUCCUCCAGCAACACCAGCCCCUACUCGGUGCAGCAGCGCACAGGGCACAAUGGCACCAACACCUUGGACACUAAGGGGGGCCUGGAGAAGCACUGCACCGGCAACCCCCGCACCAUCAUCGUACCCCCACUGAAGACCCAGGCCAGUGAAGUGUUGGUAGACUGUGACAGCCUAGGGCCAGCGGUCAGCACCAGUCACCAUUCAUCCUCCUUCAAGUCCAAGUCCUCCAGCACCGUGACCUCCACUAGUGGCCACUCUUCAGGGAGCUCAUCAGGAGCCAUCGCCUACCGGCAGCAGCGACCAGGCCCCCAUUUCCAGCAGCAGCAACCCCUCAAUCUCAGCCAGGCUCAGCAGCACAUGGCUACAGACCGCACUGGGAGUCACCGUCGGCAGCAGGCCUACAUCACUCCGACUAUGGCCCAGGCUCCAUACACCUUCCCGCACAACAGCCCCAGCCAUGGCACUGUACACCCCCACCUGGCUGCAGCUGCCCAUCUCCCCACCCAGCCUCACCUCUACACCUAUACCGCGCCCACAGCCCUAGGCUCCACCGGCACCGUAGCCCACCUGGUGGCCUCCCAAGGUUCAGCACGCCACACUGUGCAGCACACUGCCUAUCCGGCCGGCAUCGUCCACCAAGUCCCCGUGAGCAUGGGGCCCCGGGUCCUACCCUCACCCACCAUCCACCCCAGUCAGUAUCCAGCCCAGUUUGCCCAUCAGACCUACAUCAGCGCCUCGCCAGCCUCCACCGUCUACACUGGAUACCCACUGAGUCCUGCCAAGGUCAACCAAUACCCUUACAUAUAAACACUGGAGGGACCCGCAGGGAGGGGGUGGAGGAGCUCCCAACAGACCUGGGGAGCUGGGGUUUUAUACUGCAGGUGCCGCACACAAACAAUGCAAAUGGGGCAGGGAGGGGGGACAGUUGGGACAGAAGUGAAACUUGAACUAGGAAGUGGGAGGACUUAGAGCAGAGAAGAGAACCUUUUAAAAGGAAGGGAUUAAGGAGUGGGAAAUCUAUGCUUUUUAUUUUAAAAAAGAAAAAGGAAAAAAGAAAAAGAAAAAUGUUAGUAACAAAAGAGUAAAAAAGAAAAAACUCAGCUCACAAACCCAUUCUGCACCAAACUGGAAAGGAAAAGAAGAGCUACAGGAAGAUUCUGGAAGCAAGGGGCCCCAGUUUUUGAAGAACUUUAUGAACUUUUUAAAGAUUAUUUUCAUAUGGCAGCAAGUGACAUUGAAGAAUUUGCUGUCAAGGAGACCUGAAAUGGAAAUCCAAUAGAUUUUUAAUUAAUUGAACAUGAAAAUUAGGGAUUUUUCCAGAACUCCAAAAGGGUCAGCACCCCUUUCAAGUAUCAGGCCGUGGCCUGAGGAGGCUCAUAUUUGGGGUUGGUCUGGGGUUGGCAAAGUCCAGUUCUGGCUCGUUCGUCAGGAACAGUGGGGUCAGCCAGACUGAUGGAAGACCCUCAGUAGAGGGGCAGGUUUCCUCUUUUGGGGUAUUCUGGAUAAAUCUCUAAGCAAUGUUAUUCCUCAGAUAUCAUAAUAAUGUGUGUUGCAGUCUUUAAUUUUUUUUUCUUUUCUGUGAUUUUUUCUUUUUAUCUCGAAUCAACCCCUAGUCGUGUAGCAUAGGGCAAGGUCGUCACGGACACCCUAGUAGAAUGUAGCACUCUGCGCCCUCGUUUCCUACCUUGUGUUCAACUCCAGUGAUACCAAUAGACUAUUCCUCAAUAUAAUUGCACAAAACAAGUGAUCUAGCAUAGGCAGGAGCCAAUGUGGUGGUCUAGGUGAACGAGUGAGUGUGCGUGAGCACGUGUGGGUGUGAGCGGGGCUGCCACCCUCCCCGUGUGUCCCUUGGCACCGCCGUCACAGCCCUUGCAGUCUUGAUUUUACAUCAUUCCCUCCUAGUGCCUUAACGACCGACAGACAGACAGACACGGUGAAGGGUUACUUCCACUGGUACUCCAAGAACUGGCUGGGGCAGGUCAGAUAUGUUCUCAGCUCUUUUGUUAAGCUGUUAAAAGAGUAUUUUACUUGGGUCUUUUUGAUUUUGUAUUGUUUUAAUGUCACGUGGAUUGUCUUUCCUGGGCUCAUUGUGAGCAGAAGGAUUUCAAAGAAGCUUGUAUAACUAAAAGCGGGGAGGCGUGGAUCUCAGGAGAGAUGUAAGAGCCAGGUGGGGGACACUGGCGACAGCUGUUCUUGUGCUGAGUUUUCCUCUGAGGGCAGAGGUCCAGAGAGACUCCCCACCCUGCCCUAGCUGUGCCACACAUGACGGGAGGGGGUCUUAAGGAUGUUGGCUUCGCCAGGCAGCUGCCUCAGCCUCCAGACCCACCACCCGCUUCCUGGAGCCAUCUGGGGAGAGGCAGGAGACCUGUUCCCAUUUCUGCAUCCCUCCCCAGUCCCUCCCUCCCACAGAAGCCUGGUAGUCUCAGAUAUACCUGCGUAUCUCUCCACCAGCUCCAGGGACUGCGGUCGGGCUCCCCUGCAGACCGCCACUGCUACAUUUGCUGUUGCUUCUUUCCUGAAAUGAACCUAGGUCUCCCAGUCCACUUGGACCUCUGCCUUUGAGAGAUGCGCAGGCAGAGGGGCUGGAGGGACAUUUGGGAAAACACUCCCAUGGACAAUUAAGCCUCAAAGAAAUCUGCCCUUCACCCUCUGCAUUCUGGAUGUUUUCUCCGGCUUUGAACAGUGAGGUGGGUAGGAAUUUUCUGCUCCUACUGGGAAACUGAAGCCAUGGAGGUUGGAGACAGUCAGGUCCAGGAUGGGACAUAGUAGCAUGGUAUGGAUUGUUUGAGCCUGGUGUGAGUCCUAGCUAGCCCCUAAUCCACAUCUUCAGGUAGAAGGUUUGUGGUCAGCAGUCCAGCCUUCCCAGUAUCCUCCCUGUCUUCCCUCUGCAGGCCCUGAGCAAUCUACUGUGAAAGACUUUCCUCAUGAGACCUGCCUUCCUUCAGUAACGAAGCUUACUUAGCUUUUAGCUGUGAAAAACUCUGGAAACCUCCCCACCCAUCAAUUCUUAUAAGGUCCCCCAACUGGAUAUGUCUUAGUGCACCUUUGCCCAAAAGGAAGAGAUGCUGGAGCCUGGCGAGGCCUGACCCACUCCAGCCAAGGCCUAGCGGGAAGCACAGUGAAUGGAACAGGCCUGCAGGAGGACGCUGCAUCCUUGUCCUAGUCAGAACCAUUUUAGCCCAAGCCUGGCUUUAGCUGAAAGUGAGACAACAGGAAAAGUCAGUUCAAGGUGGGGUGGGCAUCAAAGCCUUUGGAGAACCCCUGAGCCAGAGGCUCCUAGAGCCUCACCAGCGUGGAAACCCAUCUGUCACGGAGCUUCCAGCAGUCAGAUGGCAGCAGUUUCCCAUGGGGCCUUCUCGUACUAGACUUGUCCCUCCAUCUUUUCUUGUCCGCUGACACUGAAGCUCUUCCACCCGUUCUGUCCUUUCCCCUUCUCCUUCCAGACCAACCAUGAAUGUUCCCUGUUGCUCAUAAGUUAGUCUUACCGUACUGACUAUUGUGUUAUUGCCACUGUAAUUAUGAUCAUUAUCACCUUGUUGCUAUUUUAGUCAGGGUGUGAAGUACACAUUUAUUCCAAGUAUCCUUGUGUUUUCUUUGUAAUAUGUAAAUUUGUUUUAUUAUAGCUGUGAGUAUAUGAGUAGACAGGAGGGACAUACAGAUGUCCAGUCUUGUCCGAGGGAAUGGAGACAAAAGGAAAGAAGGCUCAGGAAUUAGGAAAAAUUGUUCCUCUCAUCUCUGUCCCAUAGAGAGCUGCAAAGAAGGCUACUGCAAAGCAGAGACUCGGAUACUGGGUCCUUCUCACAUGGCCCAGCUGGGUACUCAACCGCUGGUGGUACAAUGUCUUUUGGACCUUUGGCAGUUUCUCCCACGUUCUCUCUGCUUCCCUCCGCGUCUGAACUACUGACCAGAUCUUAGCCUGCCUCACAUCUGACGGUCAGCUCCAAAGGCCCCUCUCUAAGCUGCCCCGACCUUUCCUUACCUUCAGUUUUCCCGUCACUCAGCUCAGCUCUUUCAGUGCAGAGACAGUGGUCCCACCCAGAAGCCACUAGGUGCAGUGAAGGUCAUGGGCAGCCAGUGCCUCCUUGUGAGAUAUUUCUGCCUCACUCUGUCCUGCUCAAUUGCCACCCUUCCUGUUUCCCUAGUCUGCUUCUUUCCAGACAUCUUCCCAGCUCACUGUUCUAGGGAGCGAAGUCAAGGAAUGAGACAUAAGAGAGCCCCAUGCAGACAGAGCAGCAGCUGCUCAGAUGCUGCAGGACUCCUAAAUCACUGGCAAGUGAAGGGCACAGUGGGACUUGUAGCCACCUCCUUCCCGGGCUCUAGCUGUGCCCUUCAGUGUGUGCAUUGUGGUGAUGGGUGUGUGUGCAUUACCCACUGUCACUCAGAACAAGCAGGCCCCCGGUGAAGGAAGUUCCCCGAACAGAAGAUAGCCACUCGGCAAACCUCCAUUCCACUCCCGCGCCUCCCCUGAUCUCAAGUCCAUGUACAGAAGUCACACGAGACCCCAGCCAGUCAGCACCCUCACCUAAGUUCCCGAGGUGCUCAGCACCUCAUCCCUUUGCAAAGAUGGAAGAAAGGCUGCUGUCCUUGGUACUGCGUACGCUCUCAGUGGGAGGGGGCCACUUAGUCCUUAGUAGACCAUGUGUCUCUGGGCCUUCUCUAGUGAAGAAACGCUGCUCAGCUUGAGGAAGAUGAGAAGGAGACAGGUCUGUGGCACCUCGUGACCCUCAGGUCAGCAGACUCUGCUGCUCGCUGGGUUCUUACUGACCAUCUGGGCCUUGGCACACAGGCCUGUGUGUCAGUAUGUCGGAGUGAUGUUUUAGGAAAGCAGAUGAGCAGGCCAGUGGGUAGGCAAGGCUGGUGUUCAUGUCAGUUAACCCUGUGAAGUGGAUGUGGUUGGUGUGGUUCAGAGGAAAAGGGGGGGGGGCAGUGUCAAGUUUCUCUCCUUCCUGGUGGCAAGGUUGUUUUCCACUAUAAAAGCCAACUUGGCUUUGUUCUGUUUGCUUCUAAGGAUUGAAGCUGACCAACCAUUGCAUGGAGCAGGUCAGGAAAGGAGGUCAGCACCGCCGAUAGGACCUCCCUAGACCAGCUCUUAGGAGAUGCAGACACUUUUGAACGGUGUGGCAGGGGAGUGCGUUGGCUGACUGUAGUGAGUGGAAUUAAUGUUGAGGAGGCUUAAGGAAGUACUCCUGGUGGUUCAUGGUAGUAAGGGUGAUUGGGUCCUUACUCCGUCCCUCCCUCCCCCAGGUUCUCAUCAUCUGGCUGAGGGCAGAGUAGGAUGUGUGCAUGGCUCUUGCUGGCCUGUCAAGUAGCUGCUAGGACAGAAAACAGAAGAAAAUUUCUUGGUGCCCUCAGCUAGCAGAGAGAGUUCCGUGAGAGGUAAUGUCUCCUUCAUAGCCCAGCCCGAGACCACACAACCCCCAGCCAGCCAUUGGACCACAGCUCAUUGCCCCAGAGUCUCCCAGGCUUCUCUCCUCAUUCCUGUUUCCCCUCUUAUGUGCUUUACAGGUUUUCGGUGGGGGGCCUCAAAAUUAAGCAGGCCAGAGAUGCCCUUACCAAAUUAGAGAGGAAAGUAAAACUGUCCCUUUCUUUAGCCAAAGACACCUUUACAAGCGGACAAAUGUCAUCCCCUGUUCCCUUGGGCAACACUGGCUUCAGUGAUGCAAUUCCAUUUAUUCCCCUCCCUAUCCUGCCUCCUUUUUUUUUUUUUUUAAUCUCACUGCAUUUAUUUUAAAACCACUCAUCUUUAAAGAGGAGUGGAGUCUGGUCCUAAGUGCUGCUGUUCCUAGGUAACUGAGGCCCCUACAGUGUUCAUUUGUGUUUAAUUGAUCUCAUGCUUCUGUGGGGAGCUAGCAAACAAGCAAGCAACCCUUCCCUGGUGACCCACGCUGCCUCUCGGGCUCUGGAUGCACAGGACCGGCUUGAGAUGGCAGCAUCUGUCCACCUGCCCGGUCUCAACAAGCAGUACUUAGUCAAAUCCAUCAAGCCACUGAAGAACCAAAGAUGGCGAAAUGAGGCAUACAUAAUUGCAAAAACAACCUCAUGAACACUUUGGCACUAUGGCUCUCUGUAGUGACCAACUGAAGAGAGGUUUCCCGGGUCUUCUGGCUCAGAGUUGCCAGAAAAGAGAGCCUGAGGCUCCUUGUCACAGACCCUUCCCCAAUCCUUUCAGGGUCCCACAUCCCAGACCUGUGCAGGAGAGCACUGCACAGAUGACCUCCUGAUGCACACCUUGUAUGAGGACUCACCAACGGUUAUUGAGUGUUCACAGUAUGCCAAGGCCUUGCUGAGCAUCCUCUCACAGACCCAUCACGACCACCCACCCCUGGCAAGAAGUCAAUACCCCUGUUUGACAGAUGGAAGAGCUGUCCCUCUGAGAAACUGGAAUGUGUGAAAGGAAAAGCAUGCUACAUUUCCGAAUCCCCAAGUUUUUAAACCUAUUUUUUUGUUAAUCAGGACUUUACUGAUGUAAAAUUUGUUUCCCCGUUUAACUAACUACAGUGACAGCCUAUCUCUAAUGGGUCAUUCAAUGACGCUCCCAUUCCCUGAGUGCCAAACAGGCUAAGAAUUGCUCAGUGAGCCCCGUGACACCAGCCACGUCAGUCCCUGUACAGAUGAGGCACCUGGCUUAAAGCGCCCGUAAGCUGCCCAGGCCACCCAGCUGGUGAGAAGGAACGGGCUUGACCUUCUAUCUGCUUGGCUCUAGAACUAGCUCACAGACCCAGCCUCAGCUGCCUCCCUGUGUACAGCGAGGACAGUCCUUUGCUGAAUGUCACGCUCUGUCUUCCCUAUGCUGCUGCGGGCUCAGCGUGUCUGUGCAAAGAGAGUUCCUGGAUGGGAUGCAGGUAGAAGAGGAGGAGUUUGACUUUAAGAACAGUCGGGGAGUUUCUCUGGAUUCCUAGAGUUCCUUUCUGGUUUCUUUCCAGCAACUAGCUUUAGUCACGCUGCUACAGCUCCUGUCAGACUGAAGGGAAAGUGUUCUUUUCUUUUAUAAAAAUAAAUAAAUAAGAUGAUUUUUCUUGCUUAUAGUUAAUCCUAGAAAGGCAAUACUAAAAGUAUAUAUUUUUUUCCAAAAUGCUAUUUUUUACUGUACUUGAUAAAUACCUUGGCAGCUCUGAUCUCUGUAGCAGACCCUCUUUUCAGCUCUGGGCAGAACCAGGGGCCAGGUUCACACCAAAUUUGUAAAUACCAUCUUGGUCUGUGUCCAGGAACUUUUUUUUUCUAUGAAGAAACAAACAAAAACAAAAAUAAAGAAAAACAAAAAAAGAGGAGGAAGGGGAGCAUGAAGGCAAGCUGGGAAGAGGAACAAAAUCACAUUUUCUUGCAAGAGAGACCUUCUCAAAGAGAUGGACAGAGCAUGACAGAGCAAAGCAACCAAGCCAGGAAGUGAGAAAGAGGCGCCUCAGACUGCCAUGCCAUUGGGAGCAUUACCGGCACAGUUUAGUUCCCUUGAGAGGUAACAAAAACCUGGAAAUGCUCUAGGACUAGAUUUCCAUUCCUUAAAGACUCUCACCAUGCACUGUAUCUGCUCAGUUGUUUCCGUUGGGCUUCUUUUCUCUUUUCUUUAAAAAUGUCUUUACUGACUGUCUCCAGGCUUGUUUGCCUAAGUUCUUAGGUCGUUUACACAAGUUCUAAAUUCUUCUAGAACUUUAACUUCAUUGGAAGUGAACCCAGCUAGCGCAGCUCUGAGGUCCUGGUUGGUGUCAGUGGUGUUCUGGGCCUCUGGCAGAGCACCUCGCAACGUUCUCAGAUGGUUUAGAUUCGUUACCUUACGCAAACUGUGACCCAAUGGCAAUAAUUACCUCAAAUAUGGGCAUUCGUCCUGGUUUUAGCCUUUUCUGAAAUCAUGUAGCCAGCUUGACCUUGUCAUUCAAAAGACUAUGAAUUCGCGGUGGGCUGAAAGUAAGGAUGAACGCAUACCCUGGUCACUGUUGCCGAAGUGAGUCCUGAGAAUAGCUCGCCCUUCCACCAGAAGAGAUGGCCUUGUGUCGUGAUCAGUGUGGUGUCAAGGCUGUGUGGAGCGUGUUCUCACCAUGUAACAUGCCCUUUGCGCUCUCCGGUAUCAAGUAGACUUCACAGUUAACUGUGCAUACUCAAGCAUACUUCUGGCUACCUUUUAUAGUUAACGUGCUCUAUAGUUUACAUUUAACCUGGUACUUCUUAAAAGAAAAUUGUUCCUAACUGCCAUUUUCAACCACAGCGAUUGAUUGACUCUUCCACCAGAAGCUGUGUCUCCCCAGGCAGGCAUGUUCCGCUUAUAUUGCUUGUAGCCCAAUAUGCGCGUUUCCUUUAUUGUUGCUCUCCAGGGACCCUGAGAGAAUGAGAGGAAGUCUAGAGGGAAUGGGAAGGGGUAAGGCCUGAGCCUGGGCCAGAUGCCGGGUCCUGUGCCAUGAGUAUCGGUACUUGUGGUCGAGGCCUUGACAGCAUGGAGGGGCGGUGAGAAGUGAUCCCUGCUCCAGCAACUUUGUCUUGGCUUGAAUGCUUCCUUCAUGACCAGAGCCCUCACCUGGCAGUAGGUGGUGCUGGUUCUCAGCAGCUCUGAAGGUAUGGUUGCUGUUUCUGGGUCCCCAGUGACCCUCUAGAGGUCAGCAUUUUGAGAGGGAGAACCAUACCCUUAUGCCGUCUUCACUGGCCGGGUUUUCACAUAUCACUACUGUCUUAGUCAUUUUUCUUUAAAAACAAAACCCAUGUAAAAUGAUGUGUACUUUAAUUUACCCAUUGUCCAGCUACGCUGUGAAACCUAGUUCAGAGGCCUCUGCUGAUGGACAUAGGUGCUUCUGAGCCGAAGGAGCUGGGGUGGACGAAGGGUGGCCCAUGGCGCUGGGUCCAUGGAGGGGAUUUACAGUGAAACAGGCCUCAGAGCCAAGUGUGGGCUCCACUGGUAAGCAGGAGAAGACAGGAAAUACCAGUUUUCCUGAUCGUCUUGUUGGGUUUGGGGGUGUUUUAUUUUUGUCUUGUGUUUUGUCUUUAAGACAGGGUCUCGCCAUAUAGCCCUGGCUGGUCUGGAACUCACUAUGUGGACUGGGUUUUAUUAUUUUUUUUUCCUGUGCUACCACUGAACUGUGGAGGACCCAUGGUGAUCAAUGUGUGAUGUGAUUGUUCCUCCACAGACCCCUUGAGAGCUGCAGCACGAGGCUCAGGGCUGCUCACCUCUGCUUGCUCUGCCCCUGCGGCCAGUGCUGAGGGCGUGCGCCUGUGGUCUCUGAGAAUGAAUGUCCUGUACGAUGCUCCUCACCUCACCCUCCUUAGUCAUACUCUGAGGUCCUGGUGUGCGUGCGUGCGUGCGUGUGUGUGUGUGUGUGUGUGUGUGUGUGUGUGUUCCUUUGCACUAAUAAACCAAAUGAAUUUUGUGUCAUUGUCUUUGGAGCUAACCCAUGUUUUUAAAAAUGAGAGGUAUAGAAAUGGGCUUUUCAUUGUUAUUUGAAAAGUUUAAAUUUACUGUAUCUACAGAAGGGCUCUGCUGUCGCUCUUUUUAGUUUCCUCUCAACCAACUUCCAAAAAUGGAUCUCCCCUGCCCCUCCCCCUUGCAUUGGCUCCUUGCUUCUGUUACCACCUCUGCCCCCGCUGUCAGCACAGACCUCAGGACUUCCGGGAAGCUCCAGUCAACUAGAAGACUUGCUUAGCCUUGAGAGCCUGCUCCUGCCUCCCUGGCUCCCUGCUGGGCUGACGGACUGUGGAUUUGCUAUUGAUGUGUCAGUGCUUUGGCUCAGGUUAGGAGGAAGGACAUAGGAAGUUGAACGUGACUUGACCGUGCUGUCCUCUAGCUUCCGGUGACUCUGAGCGAGAAGAAUACACACACACCCUUCAAAGCAGAGGCCCUGUUCACGCUGCCUCCAAGUCGGCUAGCUCCCUGCCCUUCCACAUCCCUCUGUCUUGUGUACUGCCCAUUUGAGACUGGCUUUCUUCCAUGGGUUACCCAGGGCACAAUCAUUUCUAGCCCCAAAAGCACCCUUCACCCUUUGUGUGUGUGUGUGUGUUUUUAACCAAAUGAAGUUGACAAGAAAGGCGUAUGUUGGGGCUGCAGGAUUCCUAGUGUAGUAGAAGCACUGUAUAGAUAGAGAUGUUGAUAUAUAUGUUUGUGUAUAUAUAUAUCAAGCCAAAUUUUCUGAUAGGAAACGUAUAGCUUUAUGGAUGAGAAGGAAGAGGAGCCCUUUAGAGGUUGGAGAGCACUGAUGUGUCCAAUGAGCAAGGUGCAUCCUGUUCCUUCACUCGCAGCUAAGGCCCCAGCACCCAGCCCUCACCGUCCACCUCACCUCAGCAGAGCUGGGAGACUGUGAGGGUUCUGCUGCUCUGCGGGUCUCCAGCAGCGAAGGCUUGGGAGAGGGAGGGACACAGACCAGCAUGACUGGGCUUUCCCACCCAUUUUGCUCUGACCGCAUGCAUUCAGCUACAGCCUAAUAUUAUCUCACAUUUCAAAAGAAAAAUGGCACCGUGAAGAUGGCGGGCGAGAGAGCUCGGUAGCAAUGCUUACCUUUCAGCUGUCUGUGGGUUCAGGACGCUCUGGGCAGGAAGACACACUCCCUGGGACUAAAACGGAGAAGAGGGGACCUGUCAAUGCCCAUUCCCCAGUCCAAGGAAGGAGGCUCCCUCCCCCAGGUCAUCUCACCUAGAUAUUUCUCUAGCAGGUCAUCUCAGCCCAGUCUUGACAACCCCUUGAAAGCCCUGGCCAGCGUGUCCCUUCACUGUAUGGUUUCUGUAAUAAAGUGUUAAUCCAUGUUAAUCUGUGUGGGAACUAUUGCGUGCAACAGUAUUUUCUCGUGUACCUCUUUUUCCUCUGUGGUGUGUCUCUCUUUUUAUUUAUAAUGUCUACUUUUGUUUAAAAGGACAAACCAGUGUGUCGUAGACCUCUCUGUAACCUGUUCCUUAGUCUCAUUAUAGGUAUGUUAUAAGGGUGGAUAUUUUACUUGGCUUUAGAAUGUUUUUCAAGAAAACUAAUUCUUAACUGAUGAAGUUGUCGCUACUAAAAUGCUCGUUUUCAUCAUGAUGUCGUGCGCUUCUAAAUUAAUCAUCAUUUUCGUUGUAGAAAAAUGGAGUGAAUUUAUAUUAGUCUUGGAAACUAAUAAUAGCAUUGUAAAUUUAUGAGAUGAUUUUAACAGAAAAAUUAUAGAAGAAUAUAGUUAUUUUAAUUGUAAUAUUACUAACUGUAGGGUGAGGAAGGGGGGGUCCUGUUGUGGUGAACUCUGUUAUAGCUUGUUACUCAGUUUCUUUUUGAUCAUUUUUUCGGUCUCUGAGGUGAAGCGAGUUAUUAAUGGAAUCUGUACACUCACAUAUGCAUAUUGUAUAUGUGUAGAGAUGUGGUCACACUGUCUUGGAAUUACAUUAAACUGUUUGGAAUCACUGUA